AGAGAGAGAGAGAGAGAGAGAGAGAGAGAGAGAGAGAGAUUGCAAGCAAGCAAACAUAACCGAACAGAUCUACGAGACACUGGAGACCGGUCGGCAGUGUGUUUUAUUACAUUUUCUGCGGCAGGCGGUUCCGUUCCUCCCGAACCGAGACCAACCGAGCACGAAUCACUGCACUGUCUAUUACACACACACAUACACACGGCGCGCGCGGACUUUGCUUCCAAGACGGAGAGAUUUCCCUCUGCAGGAAUUAAAGCGGGUGGAUCUGAGGAUCUGAGGAUCAUCUUCCUAUUAUCCAAAAGACAAUUUUGUGCAAUAAGUGAAAAGGACGCUUUUUCUUGGGCCUUUUUUUUCUCGGUUUCUCAGUAGACUAACCAGAAAUACUUUGCAUUUUGGGAAAUAUAGAUGAUUUGUAGAACGCUGUCCUAAUACAGCAAAUAAUAUAAUCUUUACAUAAUAAUAAUAUAAUAAUAAUAAUAAUAAUAUAAUAGUAAAAAAUAAAUACAGGACAUUUUUGUUACCUGGCAAGUCUGCAAAAGAGGCUUACGGUAUGGAAGUGGCAGCAGAUCAGUCACGGUGGAUGGCGCAUCAUCACGCGGUGCUCAACGGCCAGCACCCGGACUCACAUCAUCACGGCCUCACACACAACUACAUGGAGCCUAUGGCGCCGCUUUUGCCCCCGGAUGAAGUGGACGUUUUUCUAAAUCACUUGGACUCACAGGGUAAUCCGUACUACCCCAACUCAAGGGCGAGAGUGUCCUACAGCCAAGCGCAUGCACGAUUGACUGGGAGUCAGGUCUGCCGACCUCAUCUCCUGCACAGUCCCGGCCUGUCGUGGUUGGACGGGAGCAAAGCGGCCCUCUCAGCGGCGCACCACAACGCCUGGGCGGUUAGUCCGUUCAGCAAAGCCGGGCUCCACGCCACCAGCGCCAGUUACGCUUGCAGCGGCGGUACGGCCACGGCGCCCGCUUCCGCCUCUCUAGCGCCGGCGAGUCACGCGAGCCCGCACCCGCUCUACAACUUCCCUCCGACACCUCCUAAAGACGUGUCGCCCGAUCCGGGACCGUCUUCUCCCUCCUCCGCCUCGGUCACGCGGAUGGACGAAAAGGAUUCGGUCAAGUACCAAGUGGGUGACGGUAUGAAGAUGGAAGGAUGCAGCCCUCUUAGGGGCGGCAUGGCCAUGGGCGCGCCGCAAACACCGUCCACGCACCACCCGAUCCCCACGUACCCGACCUACUCGCUCCCCACGGCGCACGACUACGGAGCCGGGCUCUUCCACCCGAAUCUGCUCAGCGGCUCGUCCUCCAGUUUUGCUCCUAAAUGCAAGAGCAAAGCCCGCUCCAGCUCGGAAUUCUGCACAGAGGGCCGUGAGUGUGUGAACUGCGGCGCGACCUCCACCCCUCUCUGGAGGAGAGAUGGAACCGGCCACUACCUCUGCAAUGCCUGCGGCCUCUACCACAAGAUGAACGGUCAGAAUCGGCCUCUGAUCAAACCCAAACGCAGACUGUCAGCUGCGCGACGAGCCGGAACCUGCUGUGCAAACUGCCAGACCACUACGACCACGUUGUGGCGACGCAACGGCAAUGGAGACCCGGUGUGCAAUGCCUGUGGCCUCUACUACAAACUUCACAAUGUCAACAGACCACUUACGAUGAAGAAAGAAGGCAUCCAGACACGCAACCGCAAGAUGUCCAGCAAGUCCAAGAGAAACAAGCGGGUGUCUGAGGGCUUUGAUGAGCUCUCCAAGUGCAUGCACGACAAGACGUUGCCCUUCGCCAGCGCUGCCAGUGCUAUGGCUGCGCACAUGCCUCACAUGGGCCACCUGCCUCACUUCAGCCACUCGGGCCACAUGCUGCCCACGCCGACCCCCAUCCACCCAACGUUUAGCCACCCGCACCACUCAGGUCGCUCGCCUGUCUGGGCAGAGCCUCACUAAGGACCCCAGAAAUUGGCAAACCUUCCUAUUCAACCUCUGUCUGUGAGGGUUUUUUUUUUAAUUACACAAAUAACUAGAAGUGGAAAGAGGACACUUUUUUCUUGUUCAUAAAUACCCCUGUCCCCCUUGAUCAUGGACAAGGACGUAAAAGGAGCGAGGACAUUUGUCGCUUUUAGCAUUCCUUUAUUUUGUACUGAGUCACUUUGGUACUGCCUGGAAAGACAGGAUGUGUGCGAGAGCAGAGUCACUGUGUGUUUGUGUGUGUGUGUGCGCACCAGUCCUAUGUGAAUGUGUGUGAAUUUUUUUGGACUCUGAUCUAGAGAAAAAUAUGAGAAAAAAACAUGAAAUUGCUUUUCAAAUGCCUAACAUGCUGGGAUACACACAAACACACAAACACACACACACACACACACACACACACACACACACACACACACACACACACACACACAUACACAGACUCCAUGGACACGCCUGCCUCUGAACACACUCUACGGACAUGACUAGCAAGCAAACAGAUGUUUAUAAAGCUUGAUUGUAUUAUCGUUAUUGUUAUAAUUGUUAUUAUGAUAAUUUAUUUUCACACUUUAUUUCUUUUUUUGGGACUCUCCUUAAAACCAUAUGUUUAUUAUUAUAAAAUAUUAUUUGAUUGUUAUUAUUAAAAGAAAGGAAAAAGGAACAAAAAAAAAAGAACUCUGACCUAUCUUAGCCAAGGUGAUAUUGCUGAACUGUACGUUUCUAUUUCAUUUUUUCCAUUACACAAAUAAAGAAAUAAAGUUUUAAUACCUAUCA